UCGACUCAAUCCUUGUAUGGUACUUUACUCACUUGCAACGCUAAAAACGGCCGCGGACGUCGGAAUGCAAACCGCCUCUCCGAACUUUUUGAUCCAUACAACUUCCUCAAGGCGUUUGGCCUUUUUUUCCCAACAUAUGAUGAUUUACUACCCGACUUCAUUAUAAUGUCUCUUGCACCACUCUCUCGAGGGUUGACAACGUCAGCAGCCUCAUCUGCUGCUCGACUGUGUCGAUCCUCGCUAUCGCGCUCCGUCGCAUCAUGGAAUUGUUCUCCAAACAAGCUCCAACUCCCACGCGCAAGUUCCCUCCAUAACGCCCUUCCUCCAUCUCCAUUCCUUACACGAUCCUUCUCCUCAACCCCCUCCAUCCACUCCUCUCUCUUCCGCCAAACCUCCGACAAAACGCAAUUCUCAAACCCAUCAUCUCCUCCUGAAGACCAACAACAACAACCACCCCACGAGACACACCCCCAGGAAGAUGUCGAACCAGAAGUAUAUUACAGUCCCUACCAGCCAAAGCGACCCUGGCCACCAGACAUGUCGAAGCUCUCGAAGAAGCAUCAAUUUCGACUCGAGCGCAAGUAUCGACGGCGCGCGGCGCUCAAGUACGCACGGCCGAAGUGGACGAAAGCGACGAAGUUGGUGCAGUGGGGGAUUAUUGGAUUCGUCCUGAUAUACGCCAUUCUAUUCAUGGAUUGGGAUCCUCAAGAUAAUCCCGUUGAGGAGGUCCGAAAGGAAUUCUUCUCCGGUAUGAAUUCGAUUUUCUCACACCCACAGCCUCCUUCGCCCGUUCACAGAGCGGAAGAUCGAGAAAAGCGCUAGUGGGGAAGACACAGGUCCAUGCGAGAUUCUAAUUGAUUUACACUGGAGUAUUUUUUGGAUAAUCUAGGCUGUUAGCUAGUUAGUAUUGUAUGGAGUAAACGGGAAAUAGUGAAGGCCGUGACUCCUCUGUACAAUUAUGGGUGCAAAGAAAGUGUUCGUCUCCGCUCAGAGUCCCAUUCCUCGGCCCCGUCGAGAAACCGAUUAGUUGUCUCGACGAAGGACGGCAAACUAUAUCCCAUAGCUGUCGAUUUAUUUCUCAACCCAUAUUGGAAGUCGUCCGCCGGUUGAUAUAUAUGUAUACUACAGGAAAGAAACGCUAUACAAUGCAAGCAUUAGUUAUGCCAUCUACCAUAGAGAUUCAAUGGCGUCAACCUCUAGAAGACUUAUGCUGCAUCUUUCUUUGUAGAAA